AUGUCUCCUUGUACAGAGUCUAGUGUCCUGCAAUUGAAGCUGAAGGCCUUGAUCCUGGAUAUUAUCCACAACAUCAGUGUGGUGAAGCAACUUAACCAGGCAGGAGUUACCACUACUGACGCCUGGGCCUGGAAGAAGCAGCUUCGGUUCUAUAUGGGGCCGGACCAAUGCUGCCACAUACAUAUGGUGGAUGCACAAUUCAGCUAUACCUAUGAAUACCAGGGGAAUGUGGCUAAGCUGGUGCACACUCCACUGACUGAUAAAUGCUACCUGACUCUGACCCAGGCAAUGAAGAUGGGGCUCGGGGGGAAUCCUUAUGGGCCAGCCGGCACAGGCAAGACUGAGUCCGUCAAAGCCUUAGGAGGGCUGUUUGGACGUCAAGUGCUGGUGUUCAACUGUGACGAGGGUAUCGAUGUGAAGUCAAUGGGACGGAUCUUUGUGGGGUUGGUGAAGUGUGGAGCAUGGGGCUGCUUUGACGAGUUUAACCGUUUAGAGGAAGCAGUACUGUCUGCAGUUUCCAUGCAGAUUCAGGCCAUUCAAGACUCUCUCAAACACCAUAAGAACACAUCCGAUCUGCUAGGGAAGGAGGUGGAAUUGGACCCUAAUUCUGGAGUCUUUAUCACAUUAAAUCCGGCAGGAAAAGGCUAUGGAGGCAGACAGAAACUUCCAGACAACCUAAAGCAACUGUUCAGGCCUGUGGCCAUGAGCAGGCCAGACAAUGAGCUCAUUGCUGAAGUCAUCCUCUACUCCGAGGGCUUCAAAAAUGGAGAAAUACUGGGAUGCAAACUGGUAGCAAUCUUCAACCUGGCAAGAGAGUUGUUGACUCCUCAGCAACACUAUGACUGGGGUUUGCGAGCUCUAAAGACAGUGCUGAAGGCCUGCGGCGGUCUCCUGCAGCAACACAGAAGGAAUCGCAACAAAGAAAAGAUUGAAGAGAGUAGUAUGGUAGUGCAGGCCUUAAGACUGAACACAAUGUCCAAGCUGACCUUUGCCGAUUGCUCUCGGUUUGAUGCUCUGGUGAGAGAUGUCUUCUCUGGGGUUGAUUUCACUGACGUGGAGGACCAGAUACUAACACAUGCACUGGAACAAGUUUAUAAGGAGGCACAGCUUGAACUUAUACCCAGCCAGCUAAAGAAGGCAUUGGAGCUAAAUGAACAGCUAAGACAACGUAUGGGCGUAGUUGUUGUCGGGCCAAGCGGAGCAGGCAAGUCCACACUGUGGAGGAUGCUCAGGGAGGCUCUCGGCAAGACAGGAAAAGUGGUGAAGCAGUACACAAUGAAUCCUAAGGCCAUGCCCAGACAACAGUUGUUGGGACAUAUAGACAUGGACACCAGAGAGUGGUCUGAUGGCGUCCUCACCCACAGUGCCAGGAACGUGGUCAAAGAAUCUCAGG